AUGUCGACCACCGUCCACGUAAAGGGAAUUUCCCAUGAGACAAGCGAAAAGGAGGUCAAGGAUUUCUUCAGCUUUUGCGGCAAAAUCACCUCGAUCUCUGUCACCCCAGAAACUGGCUCAGCUGAUGCCGCCAAAUCGGCAACGGUAACUUUCGAGAAAGAGACUGCCGCGAAAACCGCUCUCUUGCUGGAUAAUACCCAGCUCGGCAAGUCCCAAGUACAUGUUACAACCGCAAGCACGCUCGAUGACGUUGCCAGUCAAGCGGGAGCACCUGUUUCAUCCUCUACAACAGAAGACCAUGAUGUCGCGCAAGAAGACAAGCCACGGUCCAGAAUCGUUGCGGAAUAUCUUGCUCACGGCUAUACAAUCUCUGACAAUGUCAUCUCCCAGGCUAUUGCCCUCGAUUCAAAACAUGGUUUCAGCUCGAAAUUCACCGCUGCUCUAAACAACUUUGACAACAAGUACAAGGCAACUGAUAAAGCGAAAUCAGUCGAUACAAGGUUGGGAGUAACAGAUAAGGCCAUGGGUGCCUGGGGUGGUCUACAAACCUAUUUUGAAAAGGCAUUGGGCACCCCUACGGGUCAGAAGGUCAGAGAUUUCUACGUCCAGGGAGAGAAGCAGGUCAACGACGUGCACUCGGAAGCGAGAAGACUUGCAGACCUCAAGAGUGGAAAGCCCCACAAACCAGAGGCUGUUCCUGGCACAGACAAGACCGUGUGCAACUGUGGAGGUUCAGAAGGUGUUUGUGGCUGUGCUCCGGGUCACUGCAACUGCGCUCGCUGUGCGAAGAGCGGAAAUACUAGAACUAUCCAACCGGAGCCAGUCAAGGGGACUGACAAGACUGUUUGCAAAUGCGGCGGCUCAGAGGGAUCCUGCCCCUGCCCUGCUGGCCACUGCGCCUGCGCCAACUGUGCGAAGAGCAGCACCGAGGCUACAACUGAAGCCAAGGAAGCUGCACAGGCGAGCGGGCAGCAAUUGCCAGCUGGGAGUGUUUAA